GGCCACUCGACUCGACUCCACCUCGAGCUUCUCUUCUCGCCCUGCCCUCCAUCCGCCCACAGCGCUGCCUCUCUACAGCUACAGCAUCGCACUCAGCUCCAGCGCAACCACCACCCUCAUCCACCUUCGCCUUUCUUCGCGCACGCGCACCGUCUCGCCCGCCAUGAAGCGCGGCGCCGCCAACCAGAUCCACAAGGACGCGCCCAGCGACGACGAGGGCGACGAGGGCGCCGGCAACGAGAGCAGCAGCGGCAGCGGCCUCACGCCCUCCGCCGCUCCCGCCGCAGCGGCGCCAGCCACAACACCCAGCUUCUCCUUCGCACAGCCGGCAGCUUCGCCUGCCUUUGUAAUCCUUUGGCUCGCCGUCAGCCCAGCCGACGGCAUCGUCAUCCGCGGCGAACGGCAAUGGCGGGGGCAGCAGCAGCACCAGCUCCUUCACGCCCUUCGGCGCUGCCACGGGAGCAGCCACGUCCUUCGGCAGCAGCAGCAACAGCAGCACCUCUAUGCCUUUCGGCAGCAGCUUCGCUGCGCCAUCCUCCUCUGCUGCGGCACCAAAGAGCGCGCCUGCUCCGUCCUUCUCCUUCUCGGCCUCGCCCUCCUCCGCCGCGCCUUCCGCCUCUUCCUCCACUCCCGCGCACGCCGCUGCCACAUCCGCGCCAUCCAGCGCCGCGACGCACUCGUACCACGCCCAGCUGCGCGGGCUCAACCACUCGUUGCAGAGCGCCAUCGCGCGCGCUCUGGACGUCGAUGCCUUCGCAGACUUGCAGCCUCUGCUCUCGCGCUAUGCCGAGCAUCGGCAGCGCGUAGAGAAGGAGAAGGCGAGCUCGCCUGCUUCCGCUCCGAAGCCGGCGGCUACGUCUGCCGCUACCGCUUCACCAGCUCUUUCGCCAGCUCCCGCUCCCGCUCCCUCUACUUCGCAGCCCAGCAGCAGCACUGCCGCCAAGCCCAGCAGCAGCAACAGCGCCCCAGCGAAGCCCGCCGUCUUCUCGCCGCCAAAGGUGGCCAGCACGCCGUUCCGCUUCGCCGGCGCCCCUGCGCCGACAGCCACGAGCAGCAGUGGCGGCAGUGCCGAGGCCGCAAAGCCCGCAUUGCUGCCGGGCCAGCCGACGUUCACGCUGCCCAGCGGCGGCUUCAGCUUUGCGGGCAAGCCUGUGCCAGGCACUGCUGCGUCAACCUCGGCAGGCAGCAGUGGUGCAGCCUCCGCCUCUGCAGCGGCACCGGCGGCGGGCGCGAAGGACGACGCAGCUCCGGCGGAGAAGAGCGAGACGAAGGCACCGACGCCGACGCCGGCCUUCUCCUUUGGCUCUUCCUCGUCCCCCACAACCGCUGCUGCAUCAGCUACGAGCAUCGGGAGCAAGCCUGUGCCGGCCGCAGCAACGACGCCGGCCUUUGCCUUUGGCUCCUCGGCUGCCUUUGGAGGCGCUGCUUCGGCUUCUUCGACGCCAGCUGCACCCUCCAAGCCCGCGUUCUCCUUCGGCACUCCCACGUCCGCACCCGCCGCCAGCUCCGGCUUCUCCUUCGGCAGCGGCAGCUUCGGCAGCGGCGCAGCGCCGAGCCCGCCGGCCGCGGGCACGCUGCGCUUCGGCUUUGGCUCGUCCGCCGCCGCCUCUACGCCGCCGGCCAGUGGAGGUGCCAGCGCCACGGGCUUCACCUUUGGUGCCUCGUCGACGCCGCAGAAGAAGCCGGAUGAGAAAGAGGGCGAGAAGUAAAUGCUUCGUCUCGCAUUGAAGCGCAGCGAGUCAUCGUGAGAUUUCGUGAGAGAGAUACAGAGAGGGCAGACAGGCCCGCGCACUGGCGCACUCGAGCUUGAGGUGCAGGGGAGUCUGCGGCGCGGGCACGGGGCGCCUUCACUGCUGCGCCUCGUCGUCGCGCAGCAGGCCCUUUGCGCGCAGCUCCUCGGGCGAGGGACGCGCGGCAAUG